AUGGUCAAUACUAUUCUUGAUGUUAAACUUUUCAUGCGUAAGCUUAAUCUUCAGCACAUUCUUGGAUCUGACAGUAUGGCCCCUUGUCUUAUGCUUAAAAAAUCUAGUACCUACAACCCUCCGUUACAUCCACAAAUCAGUAACCUGGAAAAUAGGAUUGUUCACACAAUACGUAGCCAAGUGGGCAGGUUUAACAAUCAUUCUAAUCUUACACAGGCAGAGAAUGCCCUUCUCACUGAGCUAUGUUGUGACACAUCUGUCCGGAUCAUGCAACCCGACAAAGGGGGUGGUACGGUCAUCAUGGAACAGAUGAUAUAUGAGGCAAAAAUGCAUGAUAUAUUAAAUGAUACGACCAAAUACACCAUUGUUUCCCUAAAUGAGGUACACAUGUCAUACAAGAAGAUCGAUAUGGUCAUUAAGGAUCUCCUGGAUCAGGAGGUUAUCGAGCAGGACCUUUAUACUUUUCUUAGUAAUUUACAUCCUAAAGUUCCCACCAUCUUUGGAGUGCCAAAAAUCCACAAAAACGCCAUGGACCCUCCUUUGAGGCCUAUUGUAGCUGCUCAGGGGUCUAAAACCCAUAACCUCUCCAAAUAUUUGGAUUGGAAAUUAAAGCAGCUAUGGGGCAAGCAACAACAUCUCCUAAAGGAUUCUUGGGAAUUUCUACGUGGGAUUACCAGUGAUUUGUAUAGAUCUGAUCUACUGUUUGUGACUAUAGACGUGGUAGACCUUUUUUCGGUCAUCCCCUCAACAAUAGGCUUGGCUUGGAUGGAAGAGGCAUUGUGGGCAUGUGCAGGUGUUACCAACAAUGAUGUGGUGUUAGUUAUGCACUUAUUGGAACUGGUUCUCAAAUAUAACUAUGUGUAUUUUGGUGGGGAAUACUUCCAACAGAUAUCGGGUGUAUCUAUGGGGGCCAAUUGUGCUCCGACCUAUGCAGACAUGAUUUUGUCUGUAUGGGAAAAUAAAUUUGUCUUACAAAGUUCACUGCACUGCCUUCUUACUGCUUCAGAAGAACUAUCAGAAAGAACCUUACCACCGGUGCCCGUUGUGGACGUGACAUCUGUACCACCGUAUGUUGAGUCCCUGGACCUUACAGAUCAGGGCAUGCUGCAGGCAUCUCAAGAAUCUGGCUUCUUUAGUAAUGAUAAUGAGGAAAACAAACUUUUGCAGCCUCCGUAUUUGUGGGAAGAUGGCAAUGAGAUGAACAUGACAAACUUAGACUUGGCACUGUCACUGGACUAUGUUUAUUCUACAUCAGGACCGUUGCCAGUAGUAUACUUAACACAGCCUGCUAAAGAAGUGCGGACAACAACUACGUCGUGGCUGCAAACAUCACCUGCACCAUCUUCUGCACUACAGGAAGAUCAGAUGGACAGUGGCAGUAACCAGACUAAGCCAACAAAAAGCAGUUUACCGGAUGCAGUAAUGUUUUUUCCAUCUUCAGAGCCCAAGCAGCAGCAUGAGAAAGCAUUUACAGUUUUUAUUUCACCAACUGAUGAUUGGUCUGAUUUUGAGAGAGGAAGUGAUCAGCCUACAAGUCGAGACAGUGAACAUUCUUUCUCAGAAAAAGAACACCAAACAUCUGUGCUAAAGGAGGAAGAGAGUGAUGACUUUGGAAGCGGAAUGGAUUCAGUUUUCUCAAAGUUAUUUACUACUCUGACAGUAGCUGGUCAUGGGGCAAGAAAAACCACUGAACAAACUUCUUUGACUACAUCUGUUACAUUAGGAAUUAAUAAAAUGAAGAGCAGCACCACAGAUGAUGUUCCACUACACACACAAUCCAGUGGACUAAUUGAUGAGGACACAGAUGCCACUGAAAGCUCAUUGAUGCCUUGGCCUCAGGGUCUGCCCACUAUUUAUUGGAAAGCAACAGCUUUGGUAACCCAGAUUCCAUACCAGAAUGCUCAGCAUGAAACAACAUCUACAGCAGUAGUAAACCAUUAUGUCCCUGGAGUAGCAGAACCUUCCAAGAAUGAAAUAAUGAUUGAGGGGCAUCAAGGCUUUGCACAGGUCAUCUGUUUGGAUUGGAGCAGGCUGACUGGGAAAAGUUAUGUUAUCCUGAACAUAUCAGAAAAUGUGGAUUGUGAACUCUUCAGACAACAGAAUGGAAUUCGUCUGCUGACUUUAAUAGAGAAUGCAUUUUCCAAGGCAAGAGAGCGACUGCAGGGAUCGUGGACAGUAUCCCUAAGCAAACCCAGUGAACAAGACAAGCACUUUCUGAUGACGUUAGCUGAUGAGCAUGGAAUGAUUCCAACCAAAGAAGUCAUUGAAGCAUUGCAGGAAGCAAAAUUGGGCUUGAAAGAGAUUGGUAUCCAGAAUGUUACUUCCUCUUCAAACUGCCAGUCACGGUCCAACCCUUCCCGCAGUGAUUAUGGGAAACUCUUCAUCGUUCUUGUCAUUAUUGGAUCAAUUUGUGUUAUUAUCAUCAUAUCAGGCCUCAUCUAUAUUUGCUGGCAAAGACGUCUGCCGAAGCUGAAAAACAUGUCACAUAGUGAAGAACUACAUUUUGUGGAAAAUGGCUGCCAUGACAAUCCAACACUGGAUGUGACAAUCGACAGUCAGUCAGAAAUGCAGGAAAAGAAGCCCAGUGUGAAUGGAGAUGCAAUGGAUGGAUCUGACAGCUGGAGUAUCUUGAUAAAUAAGCGAGUAAAUGAUGAAGCAGACAUCUUAGAAGAGGAUACUCAUCUUUAAAUGAAAUGGAGAUAUUGUUUGGGUUGGGAAUAACAUGAAAAGGAUUUUAUCUUUCAAGGGGCUUUUCUAAAACAUUCAACCAGAGAAGUGCAGUAAAAUCAACAUGCUUUUCUCAUUGACGACAACAAUAAUUGAUCUCCAGUUCCAUUCUGCUGACAAUCUUGAAUCAGUGUUAUUUAUUCAGCAGGACUUGUGUCUUCUUUGAUAAACAGACAUCCUGUAAAUGGCUUUCUCAUCCAGUGAAUGAAGCUAGAAAUGCUAGUAGAAGACACUCCCUCAUCUAUAGUCAUUUACUGAGAUGCAGCUGUCAACAGAAUGACAUGAAUUGCAUAUUGUUUUAGUUGGAAGACAUAUAUUCAGGACAAUACGGUGUCCAGUUACGCUUUUAUAGUUACAUCUGAUUGUCUUACUGGAAUCUUUUCACAGACAAUUUUGCUGUGAUGUGGUAAAAGGAAAUCAACCUAAGACAGUCAAAUGUCAAAAAAUCUGCAGUGGUGGCUUGCUUGUAUUCUGCAGCUUAUACAUAAUCACACAUAUACACCUUUUACGUACUACCUAAGGUGACUGGUGUAUAGCAAGUGGUUUUGCAGGAAAGUACUUUUCUUUGUUUGUGUACUGUGAGUAUAGGUUUGACAGAUUUGUUACUGUUACAUGAAAUGAGGUUUAUCAUAUCUGCAAACGUCUGAUUUUUUGAAAUUAUUUAUUAAUCAGUGUUUUUUUUCCUCCGUUAUUUUCAACCCAUUGGAAACAUCUGUAGGAAGUUGCAGUGACCUCUGUGGAUACAAUCAAGCUUUUAAUAUAAGCACAGAUAGUGUUACUUGGGGGGGGGGGCAGUAGUUGAAUGGCUGGAUUAGUAGUUAUUGUGCUUGGAUGUAUAUAAUACUCCUAUUCUAGUUGUACAAAACUACUGUAGGAAACUAAUACGGUAUCUUAGUGCUACUAAUACAUCUACAAAAUGGCAUGCACACACACACACACACACACACACACACACACA